AUGGAGGUGGGGGCAGCGGGGGACCCCCCAGCAGGGACCUAUGUCAUCCCUCAUGGGCUCCAACCUGAGCGAUCUCCCCAGGAAGCCGUGGCAGUGCCCCAGCAGCCGGUGGUGAUCCUCCAGCAGCUUCCCGGGACCGUGGGUGCCCUGGCCCCCGUCAGACCCUCGCACGUCCGGGGAGAUUUAAUCAAGUUGAUGCUGCUUCAAAACUCCCAAAUGCACCAGGUGGUGAUGAACAGCCUGGCUGUAUCAGCACUGACAUCCUUUGGGUUUGGGCCAUCCCCAGCCACUGCGCAGGCAUUGGCAGUGCCUUUUCAGACCGGAGAGGAAGAGGAGGCUGUGGUUUUCCACCAUCAUUACAUCCCUUACCCCAGUCCUGCUCCUAUCCUGGAGUGGCCAGUCCCAGCGCGGGAUCGGAGACGGGCAGCUGUGCGGUACCUGGGCACAGGCUCGUUAGCGGAGGAUGGGGAGGUCAGUGCAGUGCCUCCUCCUCCACCCCCCAGUGCCACAGGGACAGUGGGGGCCAACAUUCCACCGGCAUCAGAGUACUACGACGUUAUGGAGGAGAGGCUGUGA